UUUGCACUCGCCAGCAUGUCCGUCGCUAGGCAUGGCGAAUGUAAGUUCAGCGCGUACAGUGAGGCCUCGCGAAUGGCAGCAGCGUUCAACGAGUUUGCGGACCACCUCAUUGUGGCCGAGUUCCUGCCGCAUAACGAUCGGGUGGCGUACCUCAACCUGCGCACCCUGGAGCAGGAGAUCUACUGCGUCGAGCUGAGCUAUGCCGGCUUCCGGAUCGUGGGCUACGACUUUGACCGCAUCGAGGACGAGGUCAGAAACUGCGACUGGGUCUACGUGUCCGCCCACCGGCUGCUCGCCACGAUCAGUCCGCUCUACGCGGAGGCGGCGGAGAAGAGUCGCCGUCACCCCACCAGCGGCCAGGGCGUGGCCCGCUGAGUGUCUGCCAAAUUUCUGUCUGUUAAUUGCUGCCAAAAGUGAUAAUUAAACGGCUGUCGUCCUAAAACAGCAGCGGGAACCA